GGCAGGAUCGCGGCGCUGUGUGGCUUGGCUGGGGAGCGGGGUCCGGCUGCAGAGACAGACAGAGGCGGCGGUUCCCUCGCUAGAUAUCAGCUACUAACCAUGUCGACAGAGCUCCAGGAUGCUCACCUCGCAGAGGUGAAACCUCUGGUAGAGAAAGAUGAGGCAAUCACUCGCCUUCUUCCGGAUUUUGAUGUUCAGGAGCAAGAUGUUGAGACUCUGCAUGGCUCUGUCCAUGUUACUAUGUAUGGGACUCCCAAAGGAAACAGGCCUGCCAUCCUAACAUACCAUGAUAUUGGACUGAAUCACAAAACUUGCUUCAACCCCCUCUUCAACUUUGAAGAUAUGCAGGAAAUAACACAACACUUCGCAGUCUGUCAUGUGGAUGCACCGGGGCAACAAGAUGGAGCAGCAUCUUUCCCAGCUGGAUACAUGUAUCCCUCCAUGGAUCAGCUGGCAGAAAUGCUCCCUGGGAUCCUAAAACAAUUUGGGCUGAAAAGUGUUAUUGGAAUGGGAACUGGAGCUGGUGCCUACAUCUUAACUAGGUUUGCUCUGAACAAUCCAGAAAUGGUGGAAGGACUAGUUCUCAUCAAUGUAAACCCUUGUGCUGAAGGAUGGAUGGACUGGGCAGCAACUAAGAUCUCAGGAUGGGCUCAUGCCCUUCCAGAUAUGGUCAUUUCACAUCUUUUUGGGAAGGAAGAGAUUCAUAACAACCAUGAUCUGAUCCAUACUUAUCGCCAACAUAUUGUCAAUGAUAUGAAUCAAACCAAUCUUCAUCUGUUUGUCAACUCGUACAACAGUCGAAGAGAUCUUGAGAUUGAGCGUCCUAUUCCUGGAGCAAAUGUUGUUACUCUACAAUGCCCUUCACUGUUGGUGGUUGGUGACAGUUCUCCUGCUGUUGAUGCUGUGGUAGAGUGCAACUCUAAACUGGACCCAACAAAGACCACACUCCUAAAGGUAAUAGGAAUAAGAACUGUAAAUUACAUAUUUGUGUUACAAUGAUGCAACCUCAUUGGUCUUAAACAAGUGAGAGAGCACAAGUUAGCCCAGUGUGGUGCAUGACUGUACAUACUGAGCAUUUGUUUAAGAUUAGUUUUAAGUAAACUGGGGAAAGUGUUUUCUUGAGCACAGAGCAGUCAGCACUAGUGAAUGAAAUCAUUACUGGAAUGGAGGAUAAAAAAUAGGUCAGUAGUUGCAGAAACAAUAUUUGGGGAGAAAAAUCUGCUUGCAUGCUUCAGACUUAGCAGGGAGGGGAAAUAGCUGUGGGCUCACUUUCAUCUUCUGUGUUUUUAAUUUAAAAAAAAAAGACUAUUUUCGUUAUACACAACAUAUGUACACAGUACUUUAAACUUGCGGACAAAAGUGGCUUUAGCCUGUAGACUCCCUAUUCAUGAACAUACAGAACCUCAGUGGUUGAAACCCUGAGCUAAACAUUCAGAGGUGGAUGAUACUGGCUGUAUAUUUAGAAACUUAUCCUAUAAUGGAUUUUAAAAACUGGCUCUUAACAGGAUUAGGAGGUCAUUUAAUGAAGUAAAACUGUAUUGUCAGUGCAAAAUGCUGCUGUAGAGUGAACUAGUCAGCCUUCUGCUACUAGGAUAUUUUUGCCUCCAAAGGAAUAGUCACAAAUGUCUUUCCUUCUGGAUUU